AUGCAACCACUUCCCAGCGACGACAACGGUGACCCUGACCCGGGUUCCGUUAACAUUAACGAGUCUCACACGGAACCUGGAUCACCACCAUCUGAUAAAAUCACACAAUCUGGCAAGAAAAAGGAAGAAGAAACAGAAGAGGCAGAUUUCUGUGCACAACGCGAAGUAAUGGUAGAGCCAAGUGGCGAGCCACACGACGAGAACAGCUCAAUGGAGACGGAACAGCAAGAUGAACAAAAACAAGAAGAAAACGACGAAUCAUCGGCAAUAGGUCCCAUUCGAACAGAGGAGCUAGUUGUCACCAAGAAGGAACCAGAAGACCUAGUCAGAAGCUCGACCAAUCCAACGGCACCUGGGAAACUCGACGGAUACCUUGAUGAAAACGCGAGCAACGCACAGCAAGCCACUCGAGACUCGGUGGCAAGCCAGAUUUCCGAGAACCGUGAGCUUCGCGGCUUGACCAAGAAAAUGGAUGAAAGAGAUCGACUUGCCAAGGGCAGAGCCAAGCAUGGCCUUGGUAGUAGCCGUCACGAGCCCGUCCAGACUACAAGGGUCAGCCAAAGGAAUAUUUUGCUCUCCGAAGAAAGCCCCCAACGUCACAAUCGCAUGUCGCUGUCCCGGGAAAAGCUUCGCAACACUUAUCUCCGAACUGGAAUAAAGCCAGGGGCAUAUCCUGACAGAAGUCCUCUCGAGAAUACUACAGAGUCGGGAUCGGACCGCUUGCUAGUUUCAAGGCAGCAGUACCUUCAAGUGACCCGAAGCGAAGCAGACAUUGCGGUUGAGCCGGACCUGGAGGAAGGACGAUAUUCCUCUGCCCCUUAUCUGGGUAUGGAUGAUCAACCUUUAGUAGAAGCCUUUGUCGUGGCCGAUGAGGUUCCCUCAGUGAGUACUGCUCCGUCUCCUAAAGGAGAUAUGAUCCAACCCACUCUAGCUGCAGGUGACCACCUGGAAAAGCCCAAGGUCGUUGCGGACGCGUCAUCGCUGCCACCGCAAGACACCACCAAUGUCAAGCUGACCGAUCUGCUGCUCCAUCGGCAAAUGUUGUUGUUGAUUGGUUGCUUAAUCUGUUUCUUCUCCAUCGCCAUCAUUGUGGUUAUGGUCCUCGUAACCACAUUGCUGGGCAACACAACCGGCACCCAAGGUCAUCUUUCGGCAAGUGGUAACUCGCCGGUGCAAGCCAACGUCACAGCUCUCCCUGAAGUAAUUCAAGAUGCAAAUGCAGAGCAAACUGCAGUAGCUACAACUGAGCCAACUGGUCUUUUCGUCCGAUUGCCAACACCCUCGCCGAUACCACAGACAUUAGCGCCAAGUCCACCCCCAACGGAGAAGCGACCCGCAGCAAAGGAGAAUAUCCCGAGCACAACUCCUCCAUCCCAAGCACCAAUCCCACCAGCAAACAGUCCUUCUGCAACGACUAGAAGUCCUGCAACGACUAGAAGUCCUACACCAAGUCCAUCCCGUGUGGCUACAGACCUCCCGACUGCAUCACAAACAGCCAGACCAACCCUUGAGCCGACUCUGAAUCCAACAGCGCAGCCAACACUGAUGCCAAGCGUGGCUCCCACUUUUCUCAUCACACCCUCGCCAACCUCCAAAGCGCCUACUGCAGCUCCAACAAGUCCCUCGCCAACCCUGAUCCCCACCGCAACUCCUUCGGUUGCGACUACAGACCCGACGGGGGAGCCAACGCCCGAGCCAACGGAGGAACUCACUUUCUCCGCCCCGUCUCCCACGAUUCCGGAUGUCAACAGUGUCCUGGUGGAUUUCACUGUAGUCUACACACUUGACAGCGAGGGAUUCCCAUCAGUGGAGGAGCAAUCGUUGCUGGAUGACGAACUGUUGGACUUUUUUGCAGCUGGCCUGCGAACUGGGUUGGACUCAGACUCUGCUUCUCGUCUUUAUGAUCAGUCAAUAGAGUACUCGGAGCAGCGUCUUGCUGAUUUGGGAUGGUGGCAGAAUCUUUUGGUAGAGUUUACGUUUGACGGCGGUUUGCCACCUCUGCAAGUUAUUGUUGAUUCCUUCAAUUUGCACUUGGAUGUCGACAGUUUGUUGAGGGAUACAGUCCGUCCCACCGGUGCCUUCUUUUCGACUGCAAGUGCACUCAAGUACGAGUUUGAUAUUGCGAGUUAUGGCGGUAACUGA